ACUGACCACUUUGCACACUGGCAGGUCUGAAUCAAAUUGAUUCGCACUAAUCAAUCAACACAUUCCUGUCUUUGUAUGUCUCAAUAUAAUCGUUGUAUUUAAUUAAAUCCAUUUAAAAUAAUCUUUGUCUGAAAAUUAAAUAUGAUCCUCAACUCCGAUUCCCCUCCAGUCAGUAGACGGCGAUGUGCGUCUUUCAGGCGACGCUGUCAGCGUGACGUAUAAUCUAGUUGACGGUUCUUCAGAAACAGCUCGUCAAACACCUCCGUACCUUGCUCGCCAACAUAGCUGAAAGAUUCAAGCUAUUUAUACGCUUUUGGUCUAUAUUAGCUACUGUUUUUUAUGCACACUUCUGGCGUUUCAACUUGUUAACCUAUUUAAUUUAAUAUUACGUUAUUUUGUAUUAGUCAGCUAUAGUAUCUGGCUGGUUAAGUUAGCACUAGCCUAGUCGCUAAUGAUAUCUAGCUAGCUAACAUCCCCGACCAUGAGCUCCCUAAACUACUCCCCGCCUGUUAAAGAAGAGGGGGUCUGCUGGACGGAGAAAGAAGCUCUGGGGCUGAACAUUGUCGUGAAAGAGGAUGUCACAGUAAAACAAGAAGUAGAGGGUGAGGCUGUUACAGUGAAAGUAGAAGAGAAAGACGUUUCAGUGAAAGAAGAGGAAGACGCGUUCAGAGUGAAAGAGGAGGAGGAUGUUACAGUAAAAGAAGAGGAUGCAGUUUUUGGAGUGAAGAAGGAAGGGGAGAUUACUGUCACAUUGAAAGAUGAAGAGGAGGAGAUAGGAGAUCUGAUUAACACCAGAAAGAGACGUGGGUCCUCUGGGGAGCCUCAACAACAUCAUGAUGCUGAUGAGGCAGAGAAGAGUGUCUCCACAUCAGAACUCCUCAAGAAACACCAUAGGAGACCCACAGGGAAGAAAUCUCAUUGCUGCUUUGACUGUGGGAAACGUUUCAAAUCUCCAUCAGAACUUAAAAUACACCAGCGAGUACACACAGGAGAGAAAUCUCACCACUGUUUUGAUUGUGGGAAGAGUUACUUAAGAUUAAAAUCACUAAAAGUACACAUGAGAAUUCACACUGGAGAGAAACUUUACAGCUGUGAUCAAUGUGGAAAGAGUUUUACUAUGUCAAGUCAUCUGAUGAUACACCAGAGAACACACACAGGAGAGAAACCGUACAGCUGUACUCAAUGUGGGAAGAGUUUUACUCAGUCAAGCAACCUGUUAUCACACCAGAGAAAACACACAGGAGAUAAACCUUAUAGCUGUGAUCAAUGUGGGAGGAGCUUUACUACAUCUAGCCAUCGGAUUGUACAUCAGAGAACACACACAGGAAAGAAACCGUACAGCUGUACUCAAUGUGGAAAGAGUUUUACUCAGUCAAGCAACCUGUUAUCACACCAGAGAACACACACAGGAGACAAAUCGUAUAGCUGUAAUCAAUGUGGGAUGAGUUUUAUUCAGUCAUGCACCCUGUUAUCACACCAGAGAACACACACAGGAGAUAAAUCUUAUAGUUGUGAUCAAUGUGGGAAGAGUUUUACUACAUCUCUUCAUCGGAUCGUACACCAGAGAAAACACACAGGAGAUAAAUCUUAUAGCUGUAAUCAAUGUGGGAAGAGUUUUACUCGGUCAAGCAACCUGGUAUCACACCAGAGAACACACACAGGAGAGAAACCUUAUAGCUGUGAUCAAUGUCGGAAGAGUUUUACUUCAUCUAGCAGUCUUAUUGUACACCAGAGAACACACACAGGAGAGAAACCUUAUAUCUGUGAUCAAUGUGAGAAGAGUUUUGUAACAUCUAGCCGUCUUAUUGUACACCAGAGAACACACACAGGAGAGAAACCUCAUGGCUGUGAUCAAUGUGACAAGAGAUACUCUGAUAAAAGAUCCCUGAUCAAACAUCAGAAAAUACAUACAUGAAGGAGUUGUUUCAUGAUAUCAAUGAAAUGUCACAAUGUAGAAGGUUUUAACAUUGUAGUAGGAGUAUUUUAAUGAUGUCAUAAUGUAGAACAUUUUAACAUUGUAGUAGGAGUAUUUUAAUGAUUUCAUAAUGUAGAAUGUUUUAACAUUGUAGAAGGAGUAUUUUAAUGAUGUCACAAUGUAGAAGCCUAAAUGUUUGUCCCCUGUUCUAUUGAUUUCAGCCAGAUAUGGACAUUAGCAUCAGAGGGAAAAUCCAGGCUCUGAAUUGAAAGUACUAUUUAUGUGAUUUAACAAAAGGUGACUAACAUAUAAAGAGCUGUGUUGCACUUAUAACAUUGGUGACCCACUUUAAUCAAAAUGUAGCUAGAUGUUUUCUACAAAUGGUCCUCUCACCAGAGAUGUACACAUUACUCCCAUAUUCUGUGUGGUUUUUGAGCUGUUAGUUUUAACAGGACGUGCAACCUUCUCUCACACAAUUGAUUUCUUCAUGAUUUAAUUUUACCUUUAUUUUACUAGGCAAGUCAGUUAAGAACAAAUUCUUAUUUUCAAUGACAGCCUAGGAACAGUGGGUUAACUGCCUGUUCAGGGGCAGAACAACAGAUUUGUGCCUUGUCAGCUCGGGGAUUCGAACUUGCAACCUUCCGGUUACUCGUCCAACGCUCUACCCACUAGGCUACCCUGAUAUCGAUGAGUUAUGACAAAUAAGUGUUGCGUUCCUUUGUUUAGCGACCCCUACAUUUAAAUGCAUCACUCCAAAAUGUAGCUGACUGUCUUCAUGUAACAUUUAGUAAUCAUAAUUAUUUAUGCAACCUGCUGACCAUUUUGGGUACAAUUAUAUUGACAUUUUUGCCCUGCUUUUAGAAUAUCAGGGUUCAUUCUCAGAUGUGCCAACACAAAGGUACUAGAGCAUGAUUUUGGGGACUGGGCCCCGAUCCAACAACAUGCAUAUGGAGUGAACCCUGAAAAGAGAGAGAAGCUGCGUAGUGAGGUGGAAAGUUACUAUGGAUAUUGCAGGAGUUUCCUCUUGAAAUCAGACAUGUUCGUUUUAAGGAAAACUUGCUGAUUGUCUCAAGGGUGGGCACUCAAAAUGUUUGUGUAUUGUGUUUAGCCAGUGCGUUGCCAUGGAUCACAAUUUAUUAUGACUGCACUGUUUUUCCUUAUUGGAGAUGAGUUUUGUUUGGGCUCGUUCCAAUGGGACGAGAGUUCUAGAAGCUAGUGAGUUUUAGGAAGAUGUGAAUUCUAGUAGCUAGUGGGAGAAAACAUUUUUUUAAAUUUGUUUUUAAUUGUUGACAGCCAGUAGACACAAUGUUUAUAUUAGUGAAGGUGAAGCAUUGUAGUUGAUUAUAAUUUCAAAAUUAGUUUUAGGAUUCGCGAAAGAAAGACAGAACUAAUACGAUUUGUAUAUUAUUAUUUAGAAAUACUUGUUUUGUCUUGUUUUUAAUUGUUACCAGGAGGUGAAGCAUUUUAGUUAAUUUUAAUAUGAAAUGGAAGUUCUUUUCUGUUGGUGGUGAGAACUUGUCCAACAAAAAUAUAGGAUAUAUUUGUUGUCUUAAGGGGGAUGUGUUUCAGGCUUUGGUUUUUCAAUUUUUGUUUUGAGGUUGGACUUUAGCCCGUAUAGCUUGUUAGCACGGUGAGGGAAUUUUCUGUUAAACCUUACUAAUGCUUGUGUAGUAAAAUAUAAUUCUUUAAGCCGAAGCAUUGGGCUUGAGAUUGGUAAAGAACCUAACUCCUAUAACAUAGAAAAGUGUGUUGAUAGAGGCCUGUUCGGGGUGUGUAGAAUGAACCCAUGAUGUUCAGACACUUAGCCAAGAAUAUGAAAGGAACUGACUGGUUCUUCUUGAUCCUCCACAGAGUAAAGGUUAUAUCCUGCACACCAGAAACAGAAAUAUUGUUUUGGAGCCUGUUUCUGGGGAAAGAUUGUGUUUGAGAAAUCAGAAUUAGCUAAGUAACAUAGAUAAUUAAGAUGUCUUAUCUGCAGAAUAUGCUGAUACGAACUAUUGACCUCUUGCUAUUAGAAUGUCUCCUUUCUGAAUCUGGUGUUGGCAGCCGCACUUCCUCCCUCAAAUGGGCCUCAGUCACCUUGGGUCUAGAGAGGGGAGAAGUCAGGCAUAUCCAUCACAUGUCCCUGUUGCUAGGCCGAAUAUCAGUAUCGAUCACAUGUCCCUGUUGCUUGGCAGAAUAUCAGCAGGGAGUAAGGCAAAGGAGAUCAGAAGAAAACAUUGUUUCCAUUUUUCAACUGUGUGUUUAUUGCAAACCAUGUGAAGGGAAGGCAUGAGUAAUGGGGAACCAAUCACUUGUCUCCACAAUGUCUGUGCGUCAGUCACCUCCUUUUAGGGGUAAGAUUGUAUUUGGGGCCCAAGAGAGAAUAAAGUAGACGGCACGCGUCAAAGUUAUUGAUUUAUGACCCCGCGUCAUGAUGACGUGUACAUGUCCAAAUAUGGGCCUCCGGCCAUCCUGUUUCUGUGGUCAGGUGUUAGAUGGUGUGUGUUAUUUUAUAUCUAUAUUGCAUCCUUUGAAGUAGUCAUGGUGAUUGAUGUCUAGGGGCCUGGUUGAACUGGGGGGGUUGAGUGUUUGAACUUUUGGAACGUGUAUGUCCACCACCCCAGUUUUAUUGCCCUUAUGGUUGUUAUCUGAUGAAGCAGGAAUGUCCUGGGUAUUGUCUGUGGCAUAUGCAUUAUAAAUAUCCAGAACAAGGCCUGCGAGUUUUUUAAAUAAAGGCCAGAAUAUUAAACAUAGAAAAUAUGUCUCCUAGGCCAAUUCUCGGGGUGCUCUGCAGCUCAUGUCAUGAAUCCAAUGACAAAAGCCUGGAGGAUGUUUUGCGUAAGGCUCCAGAAUGUUUUAAAGGAUUUUUGUGUACAAGUGAGGGGCAUGUGUCAUACAUAUUCCAACAUGAGGAAUCUACGGUUAAGAUAUUCACAGACAGCUUGUCCCAACCCUUUUAUAGGGCAGAACCCGAGAGUUUUUCUCCAGCGCUAAGGAUGAGAGAAUGGCUUAAAAUAAGACUUGCGCUGUGUCAAAUUGAACAGGCCCUGAGUGCUUCAAGUCUACCCGGAUAUGCGUUGGAAGAACAGGUCUGCGGACAAAAUGACCUGAUGGCCCUAAGAGUCGCUUCAAUGGCGUAUACCCCGGACUCCAGAGUGACAAUUUUAGCAUGUGAACAAUUUGAUAGUGCAAAUGCGACGAAAACUGUCAUUUCAUAUUUAUAUUCCAAAGCAUGCAAGGAUGUAAACUUCUUUAUACCAAUGUUUAGUUUUAAAUGGCGGGAUUAACAUAUUUUCCGAACACUGAUGAGUAAGCUGGACAGUCUUUUCGAAAAUCGUGAACAAUUACGGCGAUGGCCGAGGUUAUCGUUGAGACAUACCCAGGACCCACAAGGCCGAAGGCGGAUCUUUCCCUGGAGUGAAAACGUCCGGAGCUUCAAUGGAGCGGGCAAAAGACUUUGCGAUGGUGAAUUGGAAACGGAUAAUGGUCAGGGCUAACCGGACCCUUUAUCUGUAAGAAAUAGUACAAAAAAAUGCUGAAUUAUAACGUGUGUUAAAAUGUAUGUACUAAAUACUCAGAAUUAAAUCAUUGUUUUUGAAAAGGUAUCUCACCAUUUAACGAAAGGGGAAGUGGAAUUUUCUCUCAUGCUAGGGUCUGUCGCAGACAACAGUAAUAUCUGAAAAAACAUGUAUUAUUUUAUAGUAUUUUCCUACAAUGGUAUGUUAUGAACAUUACGGGUUAUUAAAUUUUGUAAUAAUGUACAA